UGCUUGAAAAGAUAGUUUGUUGAAGGAGACUCGUGUGAACCCUGGAGAUUUUUUUUAUUUUUUAUUUUUUUCUUCUGAUUAAUUAAUGCCCAUCUUUGUAGCCUGCAUUUCCUACAAGAAAUUGACAGCGUCAAUCUUCUCUCUCUCUCUCUCUACACACUGUAUUUGCUGCUCACAUUGACUGAUACAUCAGUGACGAAUCAAAGGUUGGCUUUUUGUCACUGUUUCACCACUAGAACAAAUUACCAAAACCCUCUUCAUAGUUUUUGCCGACAGAACCUAAAGUUGUCUUCAGAUAUUGAGAAAGAGCAAAUUACUUCUGUAAUUGGGGGUUUUCUAAUCAGAUAAACAAAAUUAGGUCUGCGUUUUCCGUAAUGGCUACGUGCACGUCUCCGUAUUUCAUGCCUCCGGAUACUCGAAGGCCCGUAGGGGUAUUGAAUGUUCUUGGGGUCCCACUUCCCCCAUUGAAAAUGGUCGAUGAACGCAACGGGUUUUCGAGCAUCGGUAAAAAAAUCGGCCCGAGUUUCCCACAUUUUAAAUGCUCAGCAAACUCGCACAGCGUCAACCAAUUCCAGAACAAAGACCCGUUCCUAAAUCUACACCCCGAGGUAUCAAUGCUUAGAGGCGAAACAAACUCCACAUUGAUCAACCCGAGGCAAGAUAGUUCGAGCGCAAGUGUUGCUGAGAGUGUAAGAGAAUCGCCGACUUUGAACAGUUACAACGAGGCCAAGAUUAAGGUUAUUGGUGUUGGAGGAGGUGGCUCGAAUGCGGUUAACCGUAUGAUAGAGAGUGAGAUGAAGGGGGUUGAGUUUUGGAUAGUUAACACUGAUAUUCAAGCUAUUAAGAUGUCGCCUGUUUUUUCCGAGCAUCGUUUGCAGAUUGGUCAAGAGUUGACUAGAGGACUUGGUGCUGGUGGGAAACCGGAAAUCGGAAUGAAUGCUGCUAAGGAAAGUAAGGAAGCUAUAGAGGAUGCCGUUUAUGGAGCGGAUAUGGUUUUUGUGACUGCUGGCAUGGGUGGGGGUACAGGCACUGGUGGUGCACCUGUAAUAGCUGGAGUUGCAAAGUCAAUGGGUAUUUUGACCGUUGGUAUAGUUACAACUCCGUUUUCUUUCGAGGGAAGGAGAAGAGCUGUUCAAGCCCAAGAAGGGAUUGCAGCUUUACGAGAAAAUGUCGACACCCUAAUUGUUAUCCCGAACGAUAAAUUGUUGACUGCAGUUUCCGCUUCUACCCCCGUAACAGAAGCAUUUAAUCUUGCGGAUGAUAUUCUUCGACAAGGAGUUCGUGGCAUCUCUGAUAUAAUCACGAUCCCGGGUCUAGUAAAUGUCGAUUUUGCUGAUGUCAGAGCUAUUAUGGCUAACGCAGGUUCCUCGUUAAUGGGAAUUGGAACUGCAACAGGAAAAACUAGGGCAAGAGAUGCUGCAUUAAACGCCAUUCAAUCUCCUUUGCUGGAUAUUGGUAUCGAGAGAGCCACUGGGAUUGUGUGGAAUAUAACUGGUGGCAAUGACUUAACAUUGUUUGAGGUAAAUGCUGCAGCAGAGGUCAUAUAUGAUCUAGUGGAUCCGAGUGCCAACUUAAUCUUCGGUGCUGUGGUGGAUCCAUCUCUAAGUGGUCAAGUUAGCAUAACUCUAAUUGCCACGGGCUUUAAGCGUCAAGAGGAAAGCGAUGGCAAAACAAUCCAGGCAAAUCAAGUGGCACAGGGAGAUUCAAAUAUUGGUCUCAAUAGGCGGCCCUCGUCGUUUCUAGAAGGUGGUUCUGUCGAAAUUCCAGAGUUCUUGAGGAAGAAAGGACGCUCUCGUUAUCCAAGAGCUUAAAAAAAAAAAAAUUAAGGUCCCCUUAUAUUUAUUUCGGCUCUCACAGUUUGAGUAUUGCUUGAAUUUAAUUUCGUGUUUGUAUAUGAUUUUUUUAUUUAUUUUUAAUAAUAAUAGUUUGUUCUGUCUGCAGAAUAUAAAUAGGCUGUAGGAGCUUAUUUUGCAUCUAGGUUUCGACUUUGUAUUGAAUGUGAUUUUGGGAUAUCGACAAAUGACAUUUUUUUUUUCUCUCCAACUAAUGUAUUGAUUCGUAGAAUAAUUGGUUAGUUCAGUUGAUAUUUUUCGAAAUAGCAUCGAUUAAAAUCGAUCUUGUUUAUUUAGUUUGAACACGAUUUGAUACAUGCGUCGAAUGCAUCAUUCAUCUGCUGAA